CGGAAGCGGGAGCUCGGGCCUCGGCAAGGGUCUGAGAGAGAGGGGGAGGCCAGCCGAGAGGCCCUUACAGUUUAGAGUCCUGGGCCUUGUAGCGCGAUAACAAUAACGAUAAGGUUUCCUGGAAGCUUAAUUUGUGUUCGACGCUGCUAAGCGCUUUACGUAUUUUGGCUUUCCUCCUCACCACAGUUCUGUGAGGCAGAGGUGGAAGAGACACUGAAGCGACUUCAGAGCCAGAAGGGAGUACAGGGAAUCAUCGUGGUGAACACAGAAGGCAUUCCCAUCAAGAGCACCAUGGACAAUCCCACCACCACACAGUAUGCCAACCUCAUGCACAACUUCAUCUUGAAGGCCCGGAGCACCGUGCGUGAAAUCGACCCCCAGAAUGACCUCACCUUUCUUCGAAUUCGCUCCAAGAAAAAUGAAAUUAUGGUUGCACCAGAUAAAGACUAUUUCCUGAUUGUGAUUCAGAAUCCAACUGAAUAAGCCACUCUCUUGGCUCCGUGCAUCAUUCCUUAAUUUAAUAGCCCCCAAGAAUAAUAAUGUUAAGCAUGUCAACCAACUGGCAGGUGGAAAUCACCUUUGAGCCUACUUAGACCAGUCCAGUGACCAAAGUCAUCAAAGUCGUCCCUCUGCUGGCCAGUCACCCUUGAGUUCUUGGGUGGGCCUUCUUUCCUCAUCUCCAGAUUUUGGAGCAAGAGCUUUGAGUAGUCCACACCCUGCUUCCUUCUGACCUUCAGCUCACUUUGUCACCCUUGGAAAAGGCUGUUUUUCUUUAACUAAAAAUAACUGAAAUGCUUA